CUUGAGGUUGAGCGGAAGUUUCUCCCAACUGCUGAGUCCAUCGCGCGCCUUCGCGCAAACCUUGACCAACCACGCUUUCGAAACAUUUGCGAGCUAGGAACCUGCAAAAUCCAUGAAAUCUACUACGACCGAAAUGACUGGCUGAGCAGCCAAGGAAUCUACGUGCGACUCCGAAAUGGAAAAUGGGAAGCCAAGGUGAGGAAAGGCGGGGACUACACCAACUCUCGCUUCGAAGAGUAUGACGACGUGGAGGAAAUAAGGAGCGUCGUUCGGGAGGCACUUGACAAGACAGGAGGAUACGCAGACACGUGGCAAAUGGGCCUGUCGCCUAUGGCAGAGUUCAAGACUCAGCGGGAGUCCUGGGAUGUUAAUGGAUUUCGGGUUGUUAUCGACGAGGCGGAUUUUGGGUAUACAGUUGGAGAGGUUGAGCUUUGCCAAUCGCUUGGUGACAACACAGGUCCAGCGAUGCCGACUAAUGGAUUGGAGCUGGAACAAACUGGACUGGAGCUGGAUUCUAGAAUUGAGACUUUCAUGAAGGAGUUUGAGUGGGCAUUCCCAAAUGGGAAAGUUAUGGGGAAGCUGUCGGCGUACUUU